AUGAUAUCGACCAUCAUCCAAGGCCGGUUACUUGUGUCACCGUGGCCAGACAACCCAGCAGAGGAUCCUCCAACAGGAGCAACCAAGAGCUGGUUCGUGCCACCCAACAGGACCGGUACGAAAGCAGAGGGUUCAGGGAGAGCCCCUACCACAAGCCGCACGUCGUCUACAGCACCUUUCGGUCGACAACAGUUGGCCAGGAAUCGGAUACCGGCCUCAGAGACCGCUAUUCGUGACGAUGGUGGCGGUGGAAGGGGAGGUGGCGGUGACGAAGAGCAGGCUUCGUCUUCUGUCGAAUCUGUCGAAUCGUUUAAUCUAGAAGCGUAUCGACCUCCGAUGACAAUGGCGCGACGGACAGCAGGACAGAUCUUGGAGGAGAUGGUAGCGGAUUCGGAUUCAGGAGUGGUGUCGUCGUCCCUGCCGUCUCUUACCUCCAGUUCUGCCCUCGCGGCUGGUAUUGAGGACAUUGAAGGGUACCUUGAAGAAGACCUUCGUGGACUCAGUAAACUGUCCUACUAG